AUGAAAGGAUUUGACGAUAUCGGCAAAGCACCGCUCAGACCAAGUGCUGCUGUCGCUGUCGAUCUGGGCGUCGUCGAGGUCAAAUUCAAGAAGAAGGCAUACACCCUCCACAAAAAGCUUCUUACAGAGUACCCUGGAUACUUCCGCCGUGAGCUUUCCGAGAACGAGGGAUCUCUGACUCUUCACCAUUUCGACAGGAAAUCGUUCGAGAUAUUCAUUGACUGGAUCUACGAGAAAACACUACCCUCUUGCAUUAUCGAUGACAGCGUGACAUCAAUCUGCUAUCGCGCAUACGUCUUAGCGCAACAAAUCUCGGCAAUAUCAUUCAAGACUGCAUUGAUGGGCGCCAUCUUCGACAAAGAUUGGCGAUCUAUUCCACACAACCCGGAAGUGAAGUAUCUCUUUUUCUGCCUACCAGCCGAGGAUCCGAUGCUUCAGUUCCUCGUGGAUACGUUUUGUAUCAACAACGGUAUAGCGAACAUGAGUGUCGAAGACUUUCUCGAUAUUGAAGCUCUGCCGAAAGCAUAUCUUGGCCGCAUACUUCGCAGGUUGCAUCAGCUUACCGACACGCCAGAGAAAGAUAAGGUGUUUAGACGGGGAGGUUAUAUCAUGAUGCUUUGCUUCAACCGCAUGGGUAUUGCGAAGUCUCCGAUCGCACCUUUUCUCGAUGAAGCCAAAGACUUGAAAGCGGUGGAAGUCACACCAAGCGUCAAGAAAGAAGCUGGAACGAAUGCGAUGAAGAGCAUGAUGAUAAGGAAGAAGCAUUAA